UGACGAAAUGUGAUUCUUUCUCUUUUUAGUUAACGAACGCGCUUGCUCUCUGAAUUUUUUAAUUAUUUUGAGAGCGAAACAAGUUUAGAUCCUUGGAAUUUACGAUCAAAAAUUCGUAAAAUUUAUGUGUUUUAUUGAAAGUGUUUAGUGUUGAUGAGAAUAAUGCGGUGCAAAGCUAUUGUUGUAAUGUUACACGGGACCAAAACGCAAGCGCUGCUUCUUCGACGAUGACCAUAAGCGAUCGCAAUCAUGAUCGCCAACUUGCCGCUGCUGUUCGCUAACGGGAACCCGACCGAUCUAUCAAAGGUCUCUGCUGCCGAGUUGGAAAAGUUCAUAACAUUCAUGGUGACAUGUUCCUGGGGUCAUGAUACUGCCAAAGAUAUCAAACAACCGCCUUGGUGGCCGAAAAAUGUUGUAUUCUGUCACCCGUUUGUUAGACCCUGUAAAGUUCCACAGGACUGGGAAGCGAGGCUCAAGAAUUUAGUAAAGCGAUGCUAUGACUAUCAUAAAAGCGCCUUUCUGUUAUUGUUCUCGGCGCACUUAGCUCGAUACGACCGGAGUAUACUCACGUACGUUGACAACAACGACCACACCACGUCUCUCUACCAUGGUCCGACUGGAAGGCUCUUAGUAACAUUUAGAAAUGAGAACUUGAUGUAUGAUAAGCCAGCUGAUAUUUAUUUGUGUGAUACUUGUGACAGUCACUUUGAUAAUGUUGACAUUUUAAAGGCUCAUGAGAGACUGUGUAACAAUGAAAGCUAUCAGACAUCUUGCUCUGGUUCUUUACAAGAAUUUGUGUCUGCAUUAAAGCUCAAACCAAUACAAGAAGAGAAUGAGGAGAAAGUCACAGAUAAUUGUGUUACAGAUGUCCGGCCAAGAAAUGGUCGGAAUGCUGCAAGCAUAGACAGAGGCCCACCAUAUCCAUUUUCGUCUUUGGCAUAUUUGAAAAAUGCCAAAGUCAGUGUUCAAAGAGACACUAGCUACUCUCGUGAAAGAGUAGAGAGGUAUUGCUGUAAUCCAAUAAUAUGUAGUAAAAAUGUAGGUAGUAAAGGCAAAAAUCAUGUGUUUCCAGUGCGAUACAAAAGGCCCAUAGACUAUUGGCACAGAAGUCAUGUGUUUCCAAAUCAGAGGUGUAAAACGGUUCUGGAUAUAAAGGGUCAGCUAUUGCUUUUAAAGUGCAAGCCGGUAUCAGUUGAUGUAACACGGAUGUCUUUAGAAAAAAUAGAAGAAUAUAUAGAUAAUCUUCAGAAAGAAGCGCUGAGUAGACAGUGUGUCGAAGAGAAAGAUAUUGUGUAUGUGGAGCCUGAUACUGAAACAAUGGAAGUGGAUGUGAAAAGCUGUGAUCCAUUAAAUAAAACUGACAGUGAGUGUGAGGUGAUUGAUCUGUGUUCAGACAAUGAAGAGACUAGUGUUAAUGAGAACUGUGAUCCUAGAGCAGGGAUUACUUGUGUUAUGAGGGGCGGGGCAGUACUGCGGCGCACCGCAGCGACGCCGCACGCGCUUCCCGCUGAGCCUUGUGGUGCGAGACAACGACCCCUCUCCUCGCUUAUAUUACAACCCCAUCCUGUAAUUCUCAUUACUCACUCUCUGAACAAUUUACAGACUAUAGCAUUAGAUUGACUGUAUGUAUUUUAAUAUAGGUAUGCUGACUUAUUAUUUAUUGUAUUCCUGAUUAAAAAAUUAAUGUCA